AUGGACUUCUCCGCUUUGCCAAACAACAACCAUCCUGAUAAAUUCCUGCAACUGGAAGUGAAGUCUUUAGUGAAAAACUCUGCAUUUCUACAAGCCAGCCUGGCAAAAUUCCCAGAAGCAGCUUUACCUGGAGUGCAACGGUGGCACAACAGGGUCUAUUUACAGAGAGAAAAGAGAAAUGUCACUGAGCUACCAGGCUUAGACUCGAACGGAGUCAGUCAAGAAAUGAUAGACAAAGCCCUUGGAAAACACAUUACACCCAUCACCUUGAAAUCCACAAUCAAAAGCAAUCCCCUAUAUAGUGACAUACAGGUGGAGGAUGACUGGGAAGAGAACAAAAGGAGCCCUUCCUGGACUGUGCAAGACUAUGACAAGCACUCGCUGCACUCUGACUUGGCAAGCCACAUAAAGGAAAAUCCUAAUGAUCUGCACUUCUGGAUGGGGGAUAUUUAUACUCCUGGGUAUGAUACCUUGCUAAAAAAGAAAGAAAGAGAAAAAAAACAUUCCAAAUGUUGCCGAAUCAUCCUGCUCACAGUACUAGCUGUUUGCAUCCUGAUUACCAUAGUCACACUCAGUGUUUUACUUAGUACAGUCAAAUGUUGUUGA